GACCGAAAUCGCGCCCUCGGCGACCAUUUCCUAGUCAUUCCCACUCAGGGCCGCUAGAGACGCACGGUGCAAGUGACGGCGGCUCUGGGCGCCGAAUAACCUCCCAAGAUCGAUCGCCCAUUCGCCGCGGACCCAGAAGUCUCGAGGCAACGACAACUGCCGCUCUCUCUCUCUCCGCCUGGCCCCGUCGAAACCAAGACCGCUUCCCCCACGUCCCAAGGAACUGCCAAGAGAAGAGUCAAGGGAAAAGGAAUCCGCCAGACUGACUAACGUACGGUGUUUGAGGCAAGGGCGGCGGCCGGAGUGGAGAUGUUGACUGGAACCGAGGAUGGCCUACUUGGCGACGUCGUCUUGGCCGCGGCUGAAAUGCACUGGGACGGCGAGGACUGCAAGUGCAUUCCCGCAAGUCGCGAUGGUGCAUUCGACGGUGCAUUUGGCAGAGCUCCAGAUGCUGAAUGCCCUGCUGGAUGCCCUGCUGGAUGCAUGUCAUUUUCUUCCCGCUCCCGGUCAAUCUGCUACACCACGGUACCACCUCCACUACAACUCCGUUCCAACCCAUCCCAUCCAGGUGCCUCCCAUCACAUCUCGUCACCUCCCUUUGACUCACAAGUUCUCCCACCUCGCUCGACUCCAUCUGCUCAAAACAUCGCCAAUGCAGCUCCUCGGCUUGAGACAACUUCCGCCCACGCCCUCGCAACGAACCAACCAACCAGCCAACCCCGAACCGCCCUCGCUACCACGUUUGUGUCCCGUCUCCAUGCCCAUUCUUCUCCACCUCGCCAACUCCACCUCGCUCCUCACAUCCCCAUAUGCCAAAGCUGACGCAGCACUAAAAGCACGCGUACGGCACGGUACAGACAUCCCUCCCUCCUCCGGUAUCCCUCCCGUCCCCUGCCCUGCCUGCACAUCGCUCCGCCUCCCCUCGCUCCCUCCCACAUCACCAGCCUGUCCGUCGUCGGUCUAAGCUCCCUAUAUGUCCACGUACUAUGUGCACUAACUGUAUCUCUCCCCGUCACGCUUCCACUCACAUGGGGCCACGCAGACGGAUGGGCGCAUAACAAUCACUGACAUGCUCUUUCUUGAGACAACUACCUAGCUAGAACCCUACAGAGCUUGGUCAACACCAACCAAGAACCAAGACACCUGCACUGUGCCCCUCGCCUCCCCUCGUCAGAACCCACUCGCCACCCAAAACACA